AUUGUACGAUAAUCCCUUAAGGAAAGAUAAGGUGGAAAUCACAAACAAUACAGACAGCACCAUGAACGGUCUCCUGAUUCUAUCGUGUCUUGUUGGUUCACUCGCUGCACAACAACACAUCCCGUCAUCAUGUCAGAAGUUUUGUACCGCCCAAUAUGCACCCGUGUGUGGGACCAACCACAUCACUUACAGUAACAUGUGCAAACUGCAGAUCGCAGAAUGUGAAGCCAAGUUGCAUCACCGUUUUCUAGGACUGGCCCACACAGGGAGAUGCUCAUCUGGUGGCACGGUGACAACCCCGGAUCAUUACGACUGCCGACACCCGGAGCCAUGUGACGAGGAGGAGUCCACCGGAGAAGUCUGUGGAACAGACGGAGUCACAUACAAGAGUCAAUGUCAUUUGGAACAAGCAGCCUGUGGUUUGGCUACUGCAGGAAGUCACAUGUCCAAAUCUCAUAAUGGUGCAUGCACGCAAAUGGAGGCAAAUCAUGAAUGCCCAAUGAAGUGCAACGAUACAUUGGACCCAGUGUGCAGCAACGCUAACGUUACUUACAAAAACCCUUGUCUCCUGAAGCAGUUAUACUGUAGAUAUUUGAAAUACAACAACCCAACCUACUUGGAGAAAUACGAAGUCAUGCACGCCGGUACUUGUGAUGGUUCUGACCCAACGAUAACAGUUGCAGUUGACUGCAGCAAAUACUUGUCUCACUUGGGAUCUGUAGCUGUAGAGGGCGGACAAACCAACCCUGUCACCUGUCCACAUUCAAUUACUCACCACAGUUUGUCGGACUACGUGUGUGGGGCUGAUAAACAUACCUACUACUCGGAAUGUUACUACUGUAGACACGUUGCUUCAAAGAGUACAGAUGGAAACCCGUCAGGUGCCUCCAUUUUGAUGCAGGGACCUUGCCCACAUUAUAUUACGCAACACGUUAUUGGAUGAACUGUUGAUUCUUGAAUAAAUAAACUAGAGAUUGUU